UUUAUUCAUUAAAAUUUUGCAAUUAUUAUCAAGCAGAAAGGGGAUACACACAUAUUAGAGUCAAACUGGUGGCAACUCGUAUGCUCUCGGCACGUGCAACAUUCAAUAAUGGAAUUAUUUGCUGUAAAACGCUAUGACGAAGAUCCGGAUAAAAAGCAAAGCGAUGAAAAUGAAAUCCUUCAAAAAUUGUUGAAAAAAGUGGAAAAACGGAAAAGGCGACAUUCAGAGACAAAAAAGAUAAAGGAAAAGCUUGCAGAUACACCACGAGAAGAGACUACUACUCUGCCCAAGGAUGUUGAGCACGAAGGGGAAGUAGAAUCUGCCGCGGAGCAGGAGGACAUUAUCAAUGAAGGUGUCCGUUAUGAACAAGAUGAGAACGAAGCUGCUGCCGCCAACACAUUUGAAGUUCUGGGUGACGACAAAGACCAGAAAAACCGUGAAAAAAUCCAUGCCAUUUUACCUUCAUGGUUAGCACAUCCUACUAUUAUUUCAACUAGCGUGGCACCUACAUCUGAAGAGCCUGAAGACAGCUUGCAACAAGCGAAAUUUUUGUCAUCCCAGGUGCGAGGUGCCCUUAAAGAAAUGAAGAUUACUCGCUUAUUUCCAGUUCAAACAGCUGUAGUGCCCUGGAUUUUGGAGGCUCACACAAAACCUGCUCCUUUUCGACCCCGGGAUGUUUGUGUUUCGGCACCAACAGGCAGUGGCAAAACAUUGGCCUUUGCUAUUCCAGUUGUACAAAUACUGGCACAACGUACAGAAUGUAAAAUAAGAGCUCUAGUUAUGCUGCCGGUUGCUGAGUUGGCCCUACAGGUCUUUCGUGUCUUUAAAAAGCUUUGUGAGAAAACCGAUCUAAAUGUGUGUUUACUUUCAAAUCUAACGCCCAUAGCAAUGGAAAAAGAAAAACUGGUAGAGAUGUAUAAGGGCAAAUGGUAUUCCAAGGUAGAUAUUGUGAUAUCUACACCAGGCCGUCUGGUGGAGCAUCUACACAGCACCGAAGGUUUCUGUUUGAAAAAUCUAAAGUUCUUGGUCAUUGAUGAGGCAGAUCGUAUAAUGGAUGCGGUUUUCCAAAAUUGGCUUUAUCAUUUGCAUGCUCAUGUACGAACCACUUCAGAUCAGCUGCUAUCUGGUCAGGCGGCGCCAUUGUGCUAUAAUGAGUUGGAAUUGGCAUGGACAAAUCUGCAACCUCAUAAGCUUUUGUUCUCAGCCACAUUGUCACAAGAUCCGGAAAAGUUGCAAAAUAUACGCUUAUUCCAGCCAAUAUUGUUCACUUCGGUUUUGGCCAAUUUGGAAGAGUUGCAAAACAAAUUCGUGGAACAUGCCGAGAAAAAGGCAUCAGAGGCAAGAGGUGGAGAUUUCAUAGGCAAGUACACAACACCAGCUGAAUUAACCGAGAAAUUCUGUGUGACUCAACCCCGUCUGAAACCUUUGACAUUGUAUGCCUUGAUAAAGGAAAACAAUUGGAAAAAGUUUUUGUGUUUUACCAACAGUGUGGAGGCAGCUGGAAGGUUGGCAUUUGUAUUGAAGACUUUAUUUGAUAAAGAUGAAGAUGCUAUUCGCAUAGAUGAGCUGACAAGUUCUAGAAUGCAAGGAGGUAAAAAGACGUUAUUGGAAAACUUUAGAAAGGGACAAAUAAAUGGACUGAUAUGCUCCGAUGCCUUGGCCAGAGGUAUUGACAUUCCGGAUGUCGAUAUUGUGAUAUCAUAUGAUCCUCCCAGACACAUCAAAACCUACAUACAUCGUAUUGGACGUACGGCGCGUGCUGGCAGAUUAGGAACUGCCAUUACUUUGGUCUCACCUCCUGAACAAGACAAUUUCAAUAAACUUCUCAGCGAAGUUGGCAAAGUGAUAACCGAAGAGCAACAAUCAUCGACAUCCAUUGAAGAAUUAAAUGCCAGAAAAUAUCAAGAAGCUUUAGAACAAUUGCGUGUGAAGAUUGCCAAGGACAAACGUAUCAGAAUAUUAGAAAUGAAUCGCGCUAGGGAACUUAAAGAAUUGGAAACAAAGGACACCUCGAGUAUGACUGUUAUGGAAAAGUUGCAAAUGCAAGCUACUCUCGAUAUGCAUGCCAAGGUGGAUAAAAAACAAGAGCGUUUAUUGGCUAGCAAGAGACAAUUGAGUAAAAAAUUCAAACCGAAAAAAUUAAACAAAAAGGAAGAGCAGCCCGAUUUGAAAGUCCCCAAGAAGAAUUCGGAAAAAAAUAAAAAGAAUAAGGUAAAGAAAAUGAAACUGACGAAUAGUGAAACCUCAGACAAGUCUAAAGCAACAAACCCCCAAAAGGAUUUCAAACAAAAGCAAGCAAAUAAGAAGAAAAAAUCUAAAGGUAAAACGAAUGAAUCGCAAACGGUUAGAGACAUGUAAACGUAAAAUAAUUUUUUUUUUUAAAUUGUAAACAUAAUUGUACAUUUUAUUUUUAUAAUAAAUAAUUUAGUU